CACGCUUUCUUCCUAACUUUUUUUUCUUUUUCAUUUUCUUCUCUGAGAUUGAAUGGGAUAGCAAAGCUGGUGAGCUGUUUUACUGAAUAGACCGACCUACGUCUAUGUGUUAACUUGCAUAGGUCGAUAUACUACUGCUAUCUAGACCAUAAUAUCUGUAAUUGCAGCUCAGCAAACUUUCAUAGGGGGAUUUUGUGACGGAUUCGUCUACAAGGACUUUGUGAUUCAACGUUCACGGCAGUCUUUAUUUAGUGUCUUGACGGAGCUUAUCCAUACGGAGGCUAUUAUACGGGGGGGCUUGAGAGCGCUGUCUGUAAGGCGCGCUCUGCUCUACAGGGCUGUGUUUACACGGGGAGCAUGGGAUGUACCUUCGACUGGCCGGCUGCAGAAAGCGUUCAUCUUUCCCUGUGUAGUCAGCGUUGUAGUAGUACAGAGAUGUCGACCAGGCUGUGUUGUUAAAGCUUUUAGCGCCGGUGUACGCAAUGGAGCCGGGUACGGCCGAAGAAGGGCUGGCUGCCACCCCAGCUGAGGAGACCGCGUCACCUCAACGCACCCAGGGGACCAUGUGGAAGCUUGCCCACCCGUACCAAUUCGAGUCUAUCGAGUUGGAGCGGCUGUACAAAAGAUACGUGUACAAACUCCAACAGACAUCUAUAGCUUACCUACUGCUAUUGUUUAUCUUGCUGACCCUGAGUCUGGCAAUCCUUCACUUCGUCCACCAGCCCCGCCCUACCGUCCGGGGACUGUACCAGGCCGGGCAGUGCAUCGUCCUCAUCGCUAUCUUCAUCUACAUCUUCACACCGCUGAUGCACGAAUCACACUUUUCUAUUUUGUGUUAUAUCUUAUUGGUGUUCCUACUACUAUUCAGUGCAAUCGCUUUCCCCGUCAGUUUUGGUGAGCCCGGGGGUCAGGAUUUAUUCAGCCCCGCCGACGGGGUAUGGGAGAUAAUGUUUGUGAUAUUUAUGAUAUAUUCGAUGAUGCCUUUACGGACAUACGUGGCCCUUAUGUUUGGCUUGCUCAUACCUGUGUGUCACCUGGCCAUAUCACCUGUAAUUGCUAACACAUUUCCGGAGUUACUUUGGCGACAGCUGGUAGCCAAUGGAAUCAUGUUCCUUAGUGUCAACGUGGUGGGCGUGUUUAUCCAUAGCCUGACGGAAAGAGCUCAGAGGAAAACGUUUUUGGACACCAGGGAUUGCAUAGCUGCCAGGCUUGAAAUGGAGGACGAGAAUGAAAAGCUAGAACGGCUUUUGCUGAGUGUUUUACCCCAGCACGUUGCCUUAGAAAUGAAAGAUGACAUUACACAGCCGCACGAGGGGUUGUUCCACAAAAUCUACAUUCAACGACAUGACUGCGUGAGCAUCCUCUUCGCAGACAUUGUUGGAUUCACCGCUUUAGCCUCCCAGUGUACAGCUCAGGAACUUGUCCGCAUUCUCAACGAACUGUUUGGACGCUUUGACCAUUUAGCAAAGAAUAACAAUUGUCUUCGGAUAAAGAUUCUCGGGGACUGUUACUACUGCGUCAGCGGUCUUCCGGAACAGAGGAACGAUCAUGCCAAGUGUUGUGUGGAGAUGGGGCUGGACAUGAUCGAUGCAAUUGCAACGGUGUGUGACGCGACUGACGUCCAGCUGAACAUGAGAGUAGGGCUCCACACGGGGCGGGUCCUCUGCGGCGUCCUGGGCCUGAAGAAAUGGCAGUAUGACGUGUUCAGCAAUGACGUUAAGCUGGCCAAUCAUAUGGAGGCUGGAGGAGUGCCAGGUCGUGUACACGUGACUCGUGCCACCCUAGACAGUCUACAGGGAGAAUAUGAGGUAGAGCCAGGCUAUGGAGGGGACAGAAACCAGUACUUGAAGGAACACAACAUUGAAACUUUCCUUAUCAAGGCGAAACGUCCCAGAAAGCAGCCCCUGACGCUGAUGAAUAAGGACUACAUGGCUCUCAGGCCCAAAAAACUCUCCUUCAAAAACGUCUCCAAUUGCGUGAUGCGCUUGAUCCAAUCCGUCAAGUUUAACGCGGAAAUUCCCUUCUCCAGCGUCUUGACGCCUUCACAAGAGGACAAACCUUCCAAAUUGACGAAAAUCGUGUCAGACAAAUUCCGGAAGCCGUUCCGAGACAGGCAUACGUAUAAAGUACAAGACCCGCCGAAAGACCGCGUGAACAAGUUCCUAGCUCAGGCUAUCACUGCGCGCAGUGUUGAGCGCGAGAGGAGUAAUCACGUGACGUUUCUAACGUUGCGAUUCCGUAGCGGAGACACAGAGAAAGAGUACCAGUCCAUCGAGGACAUCGCCUUCACCAGCAGUAUUAUUACCGCCCUCUUCCUCCUCCUUUCUAUGGCUGGUAUGCAGUCGGUCAUCUUACCCAGAACUCUUCUCCUACUGAUGCUGUUCCUCGUCGCUUUCUCAUGGCUCGCCAUCAUUCUCAUGUUAAUCCUCAGCGUUAAACUCAAGUGUACAGAAUUCGACUUGCGCAAAUCAUCUGUUCUCAGAUUAUUUGUGAUGAUCACCACUAUAGUUCUUACUUAUGCAAUGGCUCAAGUCAAUGUGUUUUGUUGUAGUGGCGGCAUCUGGGUGGAGAUAAGCGCUGGCCUGUACCCUGACGCUAGCCACCUGACCUGUGUCCUGCCCCAGUACAUCUACCUGAGCGCCAUCAUGGCGUUUCUGUGCGUCACCAUCUUUCUGCGGCUCUCCGCACUCAUCAAGGUCACCUUGUCGCUCAUCAUGGCCGCCAUCUACAUUAUCCUCAUGGAAUACACACACAAAGCCUUGUUCGACGACUUCGACCGGAGCAUUAAGCCGGCUAUUCCGAACCACGUCAUGGGCAUUGUGGUUCUUGUGAUUUUCACUUUGGCCUUAUUUAUCCAUGGUCGUCAGCAGGAGUGGACAUACAGACUUGACUUUCUCUGGAAAUCACAGGCUGCCGAGGAGACGUUGGAGAUGAGAGAAUUGCAGAACAACAAUAAGCAGAUCCUGUGCAACCUCCUGCCUGCUCAUGUCGCCUCUCAUUUCAUAGAUAACCAGAACAAAAGUCAUAUGGAAUUGUACAGUCAACAGUAUCACCGUGUUGGGGUCUUUUUCGCUUCCAUUCCAAACUUCUCCGACUUCUACACAGAGUUGGACGGCAACAACCAGGGCGUGGAGUGUCUCAGGGUUCUGAAUGAGAUUAUUGCGGAUUUUGACGAGUUAUUAAAUGAGCCUCGUUUUCGAGCGGUGGACAAGAUAAAGACAACGGGGAAUACAUACAUGGGAGCGGUGGGUUUGAUGCCUGAUCUCCUGAUACAGGACAACGAAGAGUCCAUCACUUACCAUUUGUCAGUGCUGGUCGAGUUCAUUUUCGCAAUGAAGGAUAAACUGCGUGUAAUCAACGAGAACUCGUACAACACUUUCAUGAUGCGAGUUGGUAUGAACACAGGUCCGGUGGUGGCUGGGGUAAUCGGGGCACGAAAGCCUCAGUACGACAUCUGGGGGAACACCGUCAACGUGGCCAGCAGGAUGGAGACAACGGGGCGUCCGGACCACAUUCAGGUAACCGAAGAGUUUCGAUCGGCACUACGAGAUCGAUACGAAUUCAAGUGUCGGGGAAGAAUCGUGGUGAAAGGCAAAGGUGAAAUGGUCACGUACUACCUGAUGAGCCGGAAAGCCGGAACGUAUUUUCCGGAUAAUCCGUCUCUUUGCAGCCUGAGUCCGGAAAGUCCUGGUAUUCCUCGACCGCCUUCCCGAGAAUCGCGAUGUAGCGCACGGGAAAGCAUGCCGCUGGUCAGGCAGUCGAGCACCGGUAGCGGCGGCCGCGAGAUGGCGCGCCAAGGCUCUGUGACGUCACACGGCAAAGGCCAAUCAAAUUACGGCGCCAUUCCGUUGGAGCGUAAGAAUAGCGUGGAAUCUUUCAAAGGGGCUGGCACGCCACCGGGCAGCCUGAACAGACGCAGGCCCGGAAGUACGGACAGUCCCAGAGAAAGCCGGAACCCUCUCCGUAAAAUCAGCAACUCCUCCUUGACAAACUGCCUGUCCGGGGACGUUACGUAUUCUCGUGUUGACUCUCCGGAAUUGCCAGCUGUGCACUAUAUGAAUGUCAAUGUCCAAGGCAAUAGCCUGCCUAGACACGAAAAGAACAUUCAGUCAGCCAUGUUUGACAGCCUCAAAUCCACUAACUUGAAUGAGACGCCCAAACCAGCUCCAAAACCGUCUCCUCGUUCUUCUGGAAUACCAAUAGCCAAUCAAAUUCCGCCGUCGGGCAAAGUUAAGAAGACUCUCUUAAACGACCCUCAGCCGCGUAGUAGUUCCUCUGUCAAUAGCAGUCCUCAGAUCCCAAUCGCUCGCCCUACACCGCUUGUGUUUGCCGGCGUGGCUCCGAUCAUAAAAUCACCGACUAGACCGCUAUUUAAUUGUCCCAGGAUACAGGAAAAUGGUGAGUCCAAACUCAACAACUACACUAGCAGCUCCGUUAACAAAGACAUCCCUUGUAAGGAGUUUAUAGCCAUGAAUAAUAUGCUAAAGGAACUGGGCCAAUCUCUUAGCCCUAGUGACCCAAGCCGGAGACCACUUCUCAAAUCCUCCGCCAUACCACCCCCGCCUCGCUCGAAGGGAAACCGGCCUCAAGAUGACCUUCUAGUUACAGGGGUGUACAAGGAACCCAUUGACAAAACAGUCGCAGGAAUAACCAAUAAAAAGACUGGAUCCAUCAGUAACAAACCCGUCAAUUUGAUAGAUUUUGAAAAUUCAGGAAGACCGCCGCUACUAUCGAAUCUUCCGCGAUCUCCAUCCGCCGGGUCGCGGAGUAGCAAUUCUUCUCGCUCAACCCUGACGCCUACGUCGGCACUUCUCGCUAGCAUUGACGGCAAAACAAUGUCUAUUCUCGGCCCGCCGUCAUCGGAUAAAGACUUCCGUAAGCCGGGGUGUCUUCAAAUGACUAGAAACAUUCCUUUGUCAUCGGAGAAAUCUAGACAGAGGAACGGUUCCUGCUCACCACCCAAGAAAUUCCCCAGCAAAAUCCCGCGUGCUAUUGCCAGUCCUGACGGAAAGAAGUUCUCCUUCACUGGGAAUAGACUACCUAGUCCCGCCAAACUUUCUGAUGACGAUGUGGGGUCGAACAGCUCCUACCAGACAAGUGAUAACUCAUAUGCCCUCGAACCCAUCCCUCUUAAACACGCGGGCUACAACAGGCAGUUGUCCUGUCCAGACCCGCCGGAUUCGAAAAGGAGCUCGCAAAGGGAAGAGCGCUUGCGGAGAUUUGGCUUGCAUUCCAAGUCGUCGGAUACCCUGAGCAGUUCGGGUCGUAAAUCGCCUGCUACUCCGCGUUUCCCUGUCCCCGAUGACAGCGACGCCUUUAGUGAUUUCUUUCAGGAACUGAUGGCCGCGGCGUCUUCUCCUCGAACACGGCAAGACGCAUCCAUGUCGACCAAGCCGCCCUCUAGCGGCGUUAGAAAGGGAACCAACUCCAAGAAUUGUAACGGUGCCCGACCAAAACAAACCUCUCUCAAUCAGAAUGGGACAUCAUUCCAAAACAGCGACGUCGUCAAGGCAUUAGUGAGCCCCAAAGACAAUCGGAGUAUUAAGAAGGAUAUUAUAAAACCAAAAACGUCAUUUGCGUGGCAGCCAAAGUUUGGAGAAUCAAAUCGCGAGAAAACGCCAGAAGAGGCGGCAUCUCAACCGGGACAGCGUCCUAAUGGCGGACCAAAUCCAUACCAGGUGAAGCGACGACAGAACUUCGGCCUUCCUCCGCGACAUUGCCGUAGCCUGGACUACAUCCCCAGUGACAGAGAGGACGGUGCGUCUUCCGCGGCGUCUUCCGCCAACGUCAGCCCCAAACUGAAGCACGCGCUUCUCUUCCCGUACGCAAUCGGGAACGGCCGCAAACCAGUGGCCAUGGACAGUAUCAGUGUGUCGUCUGUCGCCAGCAGCAGUGAAAUGUCGAGGAGUGAUCCUGCUAUUAACUUUGACUCUGGUUCGGCGGCGUAUGAAUCUGAGUAUGAUAAUUACCGCCCUGGCAUGGCCAGUGACGAGGAUUACUUUGUUCAUGAUAACAUCAGCGAUGUGGACCUCGACCUGUUCGAUGAUAUCAAUAUAGACAACGUUACUGUUAGUGAUACGUACAGCCUUGAUAUGCCUUUACGCAAACUUCAUAAGAAAAUCACAGAUGUGUAGUCGCCAAUUGGUCAGAAGCGGAAGUGUUCAUCGAUUGCGGUGGACAUUACGGCCUACGCAUUGGUGGUGAAUGACCCCGGAAGAGGCGAAAAUCACUGUGGACAUUUGCAACAUGGCCGACAACUGAACCAUCGUAACUUUUACGCUACUUUGGUUCGUUUGCAUAAGAUGAACGUAUUUGGUGCUAAUUUAAUUGUGUGGGAUUGUGGCCAAAGGCAAAUUACCCUGUGUAUACACUGUGCACAAUAUCGCUUUAAUUGCUUGAUGAUGGUAUUACAAAAUGUUUGAAUUGUGUUUCUGAUAUCUUUCAAUGGUUUUGCAUAGAAAGAAAUGUGCUGAUUUCUGAUGCGGGUACAUUUAAUGACUGUGAGUAUUAUGGGCUAUGCGAGACAAAUAUGGUGUAUUUCAUGAAAAUUACGACGUAUCUUAUCCACUGUCGAGACUUUUCAAAAGUUUUACGCGGUAUCGCCAGUGCCUAACGCUCUUUGCAAAAAUGUGACAAAACUGGAACUCGGUACCCUGAAAUAUACCUGCAAAGUUAGUGUGAAAAACAAUUGUUUGAUAGACUAAUCGUCAUACUGUCAUUAGUUAUCUAUUUGCACAAACCAGAAAUACUCCAUUUAUGGGAAUGUAUUCUACCGAGAGCAAGAUGUUGUUUUAGUGCUUAGCUCUGUUUUGUUGUAGUCAAACCAUGUAGUUAUAAGUGUCUUUUGUUCUUAAGUUACGAUCAUUAUGUAGCUUUAGCUGGUUUUUUUCUUUCUUAUUUUGAGAGUUGCGGUUAUAUGUAUCACUGUUUGCAUUUAUUUUCAAAAUUUUGUCAUAGGACCGUAGUAGUUAUGUAAUAAAGGUUUAGAGAAGAGAUUCAAUUUCCGGGAAUUAUACACGAUGACGCAGGAAUCUAAGUUUCUAUGAUGUUCUCUGUGUGGAUAAAGUAGUUUGCCCAAUUGUCGAUUCUAAUUUGAUGGCCCUGAUUCGUGAUUAGCACGGAAAAGUUUCUUUGAACAAAACUACGAAUUUUUAACAAUAAAAUAAUCGUUUCAAAAUAACUUACACUUGCCUUCUGCGGAGUGUGGAUAUAUUUAUACAGUUUACACUUGGGCGUAGGGCGCGUUUCAGAGGCGUAUUUUAUUGGACAGGUAUAAUUUUGUUGUUGUCAGACACUAUGGCCUCUUCUUAAAUACGGACUCAAAAAGUCAGUCUUGCUGAUUGACUGCAAUUCACUAGGUCUGCUUACCUUGAUCAGAUCAGCAUAUUUUGCGUUAAUCAAAAUCCUAAAUAUCUAUCUGUCUGAAGUAAAGCAUAAAUAAAGCAAAAGCUUAAUGAUACUGCAGUGCCUCACCGCUAUGCGUGACACGAAUACAGCAGGUCCAGGUGAACUUAACCAAUCGCUCCCAUGCAAGUUUACGCCAGCGUCCAAGUAAAGCAUACAGUGAUAUUAAUGCUAUGCGUUACUGACACCGUAGAGAGCAACUGCUACUCAAUUUUCGGAACAGAUGAAUGUCCCCAUGGUGUAUUUUUCGCUGAAUAACUCUAACUACUUCUUCCAGAAACGUUGCCCCCCACCCCCACGCCAUUCUUAUAUAGAAUAGAGCCUUAAAUGACGAUUUACGUCAAGGAUUCAUGUGUUGAAACCGAAACACAAAA